AUGGAAGCGGAGCGAACCCGGGAGCUGCACGCGAAGAAGAAGGAGCUCGAGAGACUGCAAGAGCAGAUCCGGCAGAAAAAGCAGGAGCUCCAGGAGCAAGAGAGGCAUAUUCAAAGUCAGCUGACCACCACGACAAGCACCACCACCAAACGGCCCGCCAGCGAGGAGUCUUUUGAGUCGGUCGACGAAGAGGAGGAUGAGGCGGAAGGGCCCCUACUCGAGCAGAAGAAUCGUAAGAAGAAGACGAGAAGGCCGGUGGCAGCUGGGGCGCGUCCCUUGCCAGAAAUUCCGGACUCGAUGAGGCCCGCGGCGAGCCCGGUGAUGAACCAUGUCGAAGUUGAGCCGCCAAUCAUCACGAAACGGCCUGGUCCGAGUGCUGUUGAGGCUAUCCCUGAAGAAGACACCGCAUUCGGCACUUCCGGAAGUCUGGGCCCGCCGGAAGCGGCCCAAAAGCCUUUGGCAUUGGUUCGUACAAUCCGACAAAAGAUGAGGAGCGCUCGGCAACUGAGAAACCUACUGGAUAUCAAGAAAUUAAGAGCUUCCCAUACCCAGAAGAAAAGGAUCCUGGGCCAAGGAAACGACCACACAACCGACAACCACAACCGCUCAAAAAUGGUCCAAAGAAUACGCGAAGAAGUACUACCAGGAGUACUACGAGGAGGGCUGAACAACCAGACAAAAUUGCACGAGAAAAAGGAGGAGAAGACAGUGGCGGUGGAUACGAGCCUAAAACAACGCCCAAAGCUGAUGCCGACCGGUGAAUCUGCUCCUCCACCGACCCCGGUGCCCAAGGAUACUGUAGGCGCACAUUCACCAGUGCCACUUUUUGCUGCCCUAUUUACGCCAGCCCCUGGAGUGGCAGCAGGAGUGGCUGUGACGCCGGCCCCUCUACCCACCCGAACGAUGCCACCACCACAACCCGUGCAACAACCCCAAUAUCUGCCCGUCCAGCCCCAAGUUCAACCCCAACCCGCGGCGCCCACUCAACCUCAGCAAUUCCCGGCCCCAUUCCCGAACCCCUUCCAGAUGCCGCCGGGCAUGAUGCCGCCCGGUGGUCUCCCACCUGGAAUGCCACAAGGACAAGGACAGGGGAAUAUGUUUGGAAUCCUCGAUCCACGUAUGGGCCAACGCGGUGAUCUCACCUUCCAGCAAUUACUAAACCAAAUCUGCACCUCCAUCCGAACGGCGUCCAG